AUGGUUGGCCGAGAGCUGGAUGGAUUGGAGCAUACAACAAUGUAUGCUGCAGGCUUCCCGUGUCAACCGUUCUCACGGCUGCGGCGAUCCACGACCCAUUUUGAUGAGCCAGGGGGCGAGAUCCUGGAUGAGUGCUUGGAUGCCUUGAAGAGGGUGCGGCCUCUGGUGGGAGUUCUUGAGAACGUCUAUGGGCUGAUGGAUGUGUGGGACCAGGUUCGCGAGAAGAUCACCAAUGCUGGGAUCAGGAAGGCCUACUUCGUAUGCCAUAUCAAGAUGUGCCCUUCCAAGUUAGGCGAGCCGGUAACCCGCAGAAGGGUGUACAUGUUGUUUUUGAGAAAGAACCUUAGCUGA